AUGUUGUUGCACCUGAAGUUUGUGGCCGGCUUGAUUGCAGCAGCCACGGUGGCUUCGGCCACCGAGAGACAAGGCGUGUCGAUUGAGAUGUCGCGCCGUACAGACGAGCAAAUGAAGCAGAUCCGUGUUCAGCGUGUACCUCAGCAUAUUAGCGCUGUGAACCGCAAGUACACUGCAGCUAUGAAGAACUACCAGCGCAACACGGGCAAGUCACAUCCUAUGGGCUCGGACAGCAAGGCAAAGCGCAGCUCGGGUGAUGUGGGCCUUAUUGAUAUCAAUGAGCAGCUUGAGUGGUCCGGUAAGGUUCAAUUUGGCUCGCCCGCGCAAAGCAUUUACUUCGACUUUGACACUGGCUCGUCAGAUACGCUUGUCGACCCCGGCUCGUACGAUCCAUCGGCCUCAUACUCGUCAAUGCGUACCUCGGGUAAGUUUUCGGCGGCGUAUGGCGAUGGCACGUCAGCCUCGGGUACUAUCUAUCAAGACGACGUGAGCAUUGGUGGUAUCAAAGCCAAGAGUGUGUCGAUUGGUCUCUCCAAUACUAAGUUUACAAAGGACUAUGAGAAGCCGAACCAGGGUAUUUGUGGUCUGGCUCUGCCGAGUAUUCAGGCGUUCCCAUCGGACUACCACCCUCUCUUCACUGCCCUCCGUGAGCAGCACCAGGUUGACCAGGGUGUGUUCCAGUUCACGCUCAAGUCUGGCUCAGGAUCGUCGCUGCAUCUUGGCGGUAUUGACAAGACCAAGAUUAAGGGCGAUAUUGCCUGGGCAAACUACGACCAGAGUCUUGGCUUCUACGUCGUGCCUGGCAAGCUCAAUGGCCAAAACAUCCAGGCGAUUAUUGACUCUGGUACAACGCUGAUCAUUGGCCCUACGAAGCAGGUGAAGUCUAUCCUUGAGGCUAUUCCGGACGUGAAGACGACCACGUCGCAGGGUAGCCUCAUGGGCACGUUCCCUUGCGAUCAGACACCCAAUGUGACGUUUACCUUUGCCGGCAAAGACUUUAAGCUUGGUCGUGAUCAGCUGGUGUAUGGCAGCUCGAACGGUCGUUGCAACCUGCCGCUGGUCGGUCAGGAUAGCACGCCUUUCCGUGGUAAUUCGUGGAUUGUCGGUGAUGCUUUCUUCCAGACUGCCUCGGUGAUCUUUGACCAGGACAAGAACCGUCUGGGCUUUGCAGAGCAGGCCUGA